GACCAAGGUUCCCCCGGCCUUGUGAAAGCGCAUAGCUGCCAUGUUUAGCUUGACCAAACCCGUCGUCAUUCUUCAAUCACUUUAUAGCUACCUGAUACCUCAGCUGCUUCGCCCCGGCUGACAACGUACCUACUUACCUAUUUCCUUCAAUUUCUUACUGACUUGGUUGAUCCAGCUUGCCCCCUCCCCCUCGCCUCAUUUAUCUAAGCCAAUUUGCCCUUCUUCAGCCUUCCCCAAUUGACAUCAUCCCUGCUUGUACUGGCUCAUUCACCCAAACCAGCGACAAAUCAACAAAAAAAAAAGAGCACAAACAAACAAAGGAUGGCGCUUUUUGUAGACCUCGGAGACGAAGAGUCGGAGCCGCCCCAGGAUUUUCACGGCGGACACCCUGUCUGGAGGUCCGAUCCCGACCAAGGCUGCCGGCCGCCCUCGUCAUCAAACCAUCCUGCCGCCGUUGUCGGCGCAACACCGGUCGGCGACUCAAUUAGAGGCGUGGACGACAUGGAUGCGGAGCCGACGUCGGAACUCGACACAAAUCCCAACCAGAACGCGACCACGAGGGCAUUGGGGUGCUAUCCUAUUAUCGUGACGAUCUCUCGGUUCCUCGAUCUCAACUCGCUCGAUAACCUAUCACGAACUUGCCGCCAGGUCCACGCAGACCUGUUGCAGUACCGCAAAAUCCUUAUGAUGUCGGCUCUACGUUGCAGCAAUGAGGAAGUCCCCGUCGAUCCCGAGGAGACACUGCGAUACCGCGCGCGUGCCGGCAACUGGUACUACAUGGAAGACACUAGCCGUACUAGCUAUGCUGGGAAAGCGGGUAGCUGUGCACGAGAUCUCGUCUCCGAGUGCCGGCGAUGCAGCACUGUAGUAUGCCGGAAUUGUGCCAUCAAACCGCCGUCAUCUGUUGUCCUCCGUGACAGGCAUCGCCGUCUCUGCACGGCUUGCACGAAGGCGCCCAUCACCGAGCUUGUCAAGCCACCGCUACAGCCCACCACACCCCUCACUUCGGAGAUCAUGCAGAACAAGAUCUGUCAUUGUGCUUCUGAGGGAGUGUGGCUUUGCCAGCCUUGCGGCAGGAGUAUUCGCAAUUGCGAUCAGGAUUAUAAGGCUAUAUGGAAGUGGCGUGGUCAAUAUGGCGAACGGUUGGGCGGGCUUGGCACGGGGAUUGGCGAUGGCGAUCGCGGGGUGCCGUGCGGCCGUGAGGGCGAGUGCCAUGGCGCCAAGGGUUGCGAGCACGAAACAGACUGUGACGCCGCAGACGCCGCGGCGGACAACUAUUUCCUGCAGCAGCAGCAACAGCAGUCCCCACCAACUGGUAGUAGUCCUAUUCUGCAUCACAACAGCCAUCUCACCUGGGCUUCUGGGAGCAGUACACCCCGGACGCCGGAAUCGCCUCGUAGUGGCGGCAGCAAGAGUCCGGGAUACGCACGCCACGAGGUUGAGGGUAUUGGUGGCCGCGUGAAAACCGUCCUCGUGCGCAUGGUAAAGGUCGGUGCGGGUGUUCCCGAGUGGGAAGAUGAGCUGGCACGUGGGCAGGUUCUGGGCCGUGAGGUCUCGGGCACCGUGAGAAGCUGGUGUGGAUGGUGUCACCGGGUGAUUCCGGGGCAGAAGGACGUGGAGCGAGAUCUACAGAGGCAGUCGGGCUCACUACAGCCAGGUCUGCAGGAGAAGGCGUGGCAGCCGUCAUAUUCGUCUUCAUUACCACUUAGGAGUAGAUAGGUGCUUGGGUACAUGGAUUUGGCGUGAUGCAUAUUUUGGAGUUAGUAGUUAUCUGAGGUGGUAUAUAGAGC